CGGCGCGGGCGCUCCCGGACCCCGCGGACCCGACAGGCGACGGCGGCUUCGCGAGCCCGGGAGGCGAAGGCGGGCGGAGGGAGGCGGCGGCGGUGCGCGGAGACGCAGCAGCGGCAGCGGCAGCAUGUCGGCCGGCGGAGCGGCGGUCCCGCCGCCCCCAAAUCCCGCCGUGUCCUUCCCUGCUCCGCGGGUCACCCUGCCCGCCGGCCCCGAUAUCCUGCGGACAUACUCCGGCGCCUUCGUCUGCCUGGAGAUUGUGUUGGGGGGACUCGUGUGGAUCCUAGUCGCCUCCUCCAAUGUUCCUCUACCUCUGUUGCAAGGAUGGGUCAUGUUCGUGUCUGUGACAGCUUUUGUCUGCUCCCUCCUCUUCCUGGGCGUGUUCCUCUCUGGCGUGGUGACUCAGAUUAAUGCCAACUGGAACUUCCUGGAUUUUGCUUACCAUUUUACAGUAUUCGUCUUCUACUUUGGAGCCUUUUUACUGGAAGCAGCAGCCACAUCGCUGCACAGUCUGCAUUGCAAUAGAACCACAGAGCUGCAGCCGCUCUUGAAUGACAACCAGUAUAACAUCAACGUAGCAGCCACGAUUUUCGCCUUUAUGACGACAGCUUGUUAUGGUUGCAGCUUGGGUCUGGCUUUACGACGAUGGCGGCCGUGACACUCCUUACACACUAACUCUCGGUGUGUUAGUUUCAUUUGUGUACUUUCUAUGUCUGAUUUCAAUUUGGAUACCAUUUUGUCCAGAUACAACAACGUCCCCAAAGUAAUUUUUUUGUUUUAUGGAGAGAAUUUAAGUUAAGGUUUAUUUCAUGGAUGGAAUUUUAAUUUUAUUAUGAUGUUAAGCAGAGAAAUGACCUUUAGUUUUACAUCUGUUUCUUUCUCUUUCUCUCUCUUUUUUAUUUUAAAGAAAAUUUCCCAUACAAUACACAGCUGCUAUUCACGAAAAGGGGGUAUCUCUCGUGUUUGGUCACUGAGUCACCUGAACCUUAAUUUUAAAAGGUAACUAAAACUCCCUAAAAGACACAUUUCAAAUAGGCUUCCCAUUGAACUCUGUGUUUUAGUGUAAAAGAGGGAUGGGUAUUUGUUCUUUUCUCUAAAGGUCCAAAUAGUAAAUGCUUUAGACUUUGUGGGCCAUUCAGUUUCUGUCACAGCUGCUCACCUCGGCUGCAGCUUCAUGAAAGCAAUCACAGACAGUACGUAAGUGGGUGAGUGUAGCUGUGUUCCAAUAAAUCUUUAUUUACAAAAGCAGGCAGCAGGCUGGAUUUGGCCCGUGGGCUAGAGGCUGAUUGGCUAUGUGUUCUGUAUUUUAUUGAGCUGAUGCUGAAAGGGAUAAAGCAAAUUAGACAACCCACAUACUAUUUAAUCUCAUUAUGCAGUACUCACAUCGCCUUUGGGUUAAUGGUCAAAUGCUUACCCUUGAAGAGACAUGUAGUUUCUCAAGCUUAUUCAAGCAGAGUCUUGGGUACAGGAAAAAAGUAAUUUACGAAGUGAACCGUAGUUGCUUAACCAACCUACGGGUUUGCUAACCACUGAGCAAAACUCUCAUCUGGCAUCUUUAUUUAAUACGAGAGCCUCAGAGACCACUAACCACUCCUGGAACUGGUAUCUAGCUCCUCAUGUCUUACUUUGGGUUUAUUUAUGCUUCAAAUACAGCUGUUUGCCACGUGCAUGAAUAUACGAAUGUUUGUGUGUGGUUAUGUGAGGCUUUACCAAACAGAGUUCUCUGAAGGGUGAACUUUUUACUUCUGAUGCUUUUAUAUGACUCAGUUAAAUUUGAAUGGAGGAUGAGAUAUAACUUAAAAGUCCUUGCCUGCUUAAAGAAUAGCCUGAUGUCCACGUUGUUUUUGCAUUGGUGGCAAAUACACAGAAUUGGUUUUAAAGCUACAGCUCUCAUAAAAGCUUUCUCUGGCUGAGUAGCACAGAAAAGUAUUUUAACCCACCUCAGAGACACUGGUCAUAGCAAAGUGCCAAAAUGGCUUGAAUGGGAGAACGAGUUGGGCCCCACACUUUUCACGCACAAUACUAAUCUCUUGCCCCAAGAGAGUAAACUCUUGGAAAAGGGCAUUUUUUAUUAUUUUACACUUUCAACCCUUGGCUUUUGGGCUGAAUCAUCCCUUAUAAGUGCCAUGUAAAAGUUAGACUGUUAGAGUUCAUAGAACACACAAUGGGCCUGAAUGAAUAGCCUAGUCAACUCUCAACGAUCAAAUACUGUUUAUGUAAUAAUCCCCUGGAAAGAAGACUCUUACUAGGGUUUGGUUUGUGAUAUAAUUAUGAAGAUUAAAAGAGAUGUUUAAUAUGUGGCAAGAGGAAAUCCAUCUUAUGACUUACACUGAGGUCAUAGCUUUUCUAUAAUACCCAGCUUCCUUGGUUUUUUGAGCUCCGUACCACACACGUAAACCUGUAUUAUGAAUUGUAUAUUACAAAGUCAUAAAUGUGCCAUAAGGAUAUGUAGCCUAUUCUGGCUGGAAUUGUUAAAAGUUAGUCUGCUAGAUUUAGUUGUGAGAUUUUAUUUUUGUUUCCAAAGUCUAACAAGUCCUUGCUUGGUGGCAUUAAAUUAAAUGAUUUCUUGAAACUGCUUUGGUGGCACUUUUGUAAAUGGAUUGCUUCUAGAUCAUUAAGAACCAAGCCUAAAGCUCAUCUAACUGUGAAUACUUAGAAUUGUAGAUUAAUCAUGAUCUAGAUUUGUGAGUUGACUGACAAAGCACUUGAACAAAAAUUAAACGGCAUUUGAGAAUUUCUUUAUGUAACUUAGCUGUAAAAAAUGAGAGUGUUGGUUUGGUUUUAAAAUCUGGUAACUCCAUGAUGAGAAGAAAUUUAUUUUAUAAGUGUUAUGACUCUAAUAAAGUAUUCAUUUGAUAAUC